GUCUGUUUCGACGUUGGCUUUACGUGCUAAUAAACGUGUUCUCGUAUAUUUAAGCUAAUUACGUUAAUAAGCUAACUAUCAUCGCUUUUAACGUUAGCUACAUGCUACAUGCUACAUAGCUACGUGCUGCUGUGUCAUGCUGGAAGAACCAGAGACCAGAGAAACAUCGCGGGUUGAUCCGUCUGUGAACAGUCACAGACCCGCAUCAGAGAAGUCCCAGGACAUUUCUCAUGUGUUAGCGAACACUUUCAAGGACUUGUACACAAAAGACAUCAAUGGGAAGGACACUUUGUCCAACCUCAUCAAAACUAAGAAUGGAAGAAGCAGCUACCAUGACAGAUAUGUUGAGGAGCUUCAACAGGCUCAUUCUGAAUACAGCCAGCGUAUAAAAGAGGCUGACAUGCUGGAGAGUCACAUCAUUCAGGGCAGAGCUCGGGCUGCAGCGACAGAGAGCCAGGCCUACGAGAGGAUGAAAGAGGAGAUGGGAGAUGCUUAUGAUUACCACGGCCUCCUCACAGUCAAAUCAGCCUUUUCCUGGUGCGUAGACAAAGAUCUUCUUGAAAUGAACAACCUCAUUUCCCCCCAGGACUACUUACCUACACACAAACAACGAGUGGAAGCACCAGCAGCAAUAAAAUCAAGACCUGGCAAACCCACCAUCGCCUAUGCCAUGCACAUGUCCAGGGAGCCUCAGGAUGAUGGUUACACUCUAAUUCCCAGUCAAAAAAAGAUGGUCACUGAAAUGAAUGAGUUGGAUCUCAGCCUGACUUUCCAAUGCAGCUCAGAUACACCACCGAGGAAGAAAACUCCCAGGGAGAGACCCGUCCAAACCGAGUCCAAACCAAAGUGGAGAGGUGAGCCGAGCGCGAAGGAUCGGGCGGAGGGAAUGGAAAAACUGCAGAAGCUGAAAGAUCGACACAGUUUCCUACGCAAUCCUCGCUUCCUUCCUCCGAAUGCACAGCAGGGAGGCACAUCCCUCGUCCGGCCCAGAACCAAAGUGGGGAAGACGGAGAUUGUGAGGAAAAGGAUUGAGGAGCAAAGCUCGGCUGAAGAUCCGGUCUUCCUAGCAAAACCACCAGUGAUGGUUUUCGCUGACUACAGCGUGGGACAUGUUUAUGAGCGUACACUGGAGUUAAAGAACGUGACUUCUGCGAGCCGUAGUGUCCGAGUCAUCCCUCCUACCACUCCUUACUUCUCUAUUGGCCUCGGGAGGUUCCCCGGUGAAGGUGGCGUCGUUGCCCCAGGGAUGAGUUGUAAGUACACGGUGCGCUUCGCUCCAGACUCCCUGGGGGAUUAUGAGGACUUCCUCGUGGUGGAGACUCAGGCUGAACACAUGCUCGUGGUGCCAGUCGUGGCCAGAAGACCCCCUCCAAUACUCACAUUGCCAAGAGUUCUGGACUGUGGUUGUUGUCUGAUCGGAGGAGUGCGAUUUGUUGAGUUCCUGUGCCAAAAUGUUGGCCUCAGCGCCGGAACCUUCUGCAUCAUCCCCAAGAACCAGUGGCCAGCUUCCAACCUCAGGUCUGUGGCAAAGAAGUACUUUUCUGAGCAGCCACCCUUUGCAGUCAGCCCGUCUCUGUUUGUGCUGCAGCCAGGAGAGGCCGCUGUGGUGGAGGUGGUCUUCUAUCCAACCUCUGCUGAGAGGAGCUGUCAGCUGUUCACUGUUGUGUGUGACAACUGCCAGGUGAAAGACAUUUCCAUUGAAGGUGAGGGCCAGCAGAUUGCACUUGUUCUUGUGUCUGUAUCUGGGCAGAAGGAGCCUCCUGUGGUGGGAGAGGUGCAUGACCUCACUGCGGAGCACUUUGUCCGCUUCAGCCCAUGUAACCCUCACUCUGUGCAGCAGAAGAAACUCAUCAUUAGAAACAAUGUCCACUUGGAGCUGCCUUUCCAGUGGCAGAUCAUGAAGCCCAACCUGCAACCUCAGCUUCCAGGGGAAACCCCAGAUCUCUCUCAUAUCCAGUCCCACUCGGCCACAGACGAUGUUUUCUAUGUAAACCCCCUGACAGGGAUUCUGGCCCCCUGCGAGGAACAAGAGUUUCUGUUCACCUUCUGCCCUAAAGAGUUGAAGGAUUACCACAGCGUCUGUCACUUGGUCCUGAGCGACGUCCCCCAGCUGCCAGCAGAGCCUCGUGACGAUGGUGUCCUUCAGCCUGUGCGCAUGGGCUCCAAGGUGAGCGACGUCAUCGUCAUGGAGAUAGAGGUCAAGGGGUCAACAGAGCCGUACCAGGUGCUACUGGAGCCCUAUGCCGUCGUAAUCCCCGGAGAGAUUUUUAUUUGCACAACCGCCCGCAGACCAUUCAAGAUGUGGAACCACAGCAGAACCUGCAUCUUCUUCCAGUGGGAGAGAAUGACCAGCAGCAGCCACAGGGUAGAGGUAGAGCCCUCUACUGGUGCAAUAGAGGAGAACGAGUGUUUCGACUUCGACCUGAUUUUGAGUGGAGGGAAACCAGAGAGGGUUGUGACCAGUCUGGCUUGCCACAUAGAGCACCGCCACGAGCCCGUCACUUUGGCCGUGGAAGUUUCUUUCAAGGGUCCCAUAGUGACCCUCGGUGUGCCCAGUGUGGAGUUUGGGCUCAUGAAGCUCGGGGAGCGCACACAGAACACGCUGCUGCUCACGAACAUCACGCCGCUGGAGGCCUCCUGGAUGCUCAAGGAGAGAAACAAUAGUCAGCAGGAUAACCAAGACACACAGAUUAUAGUGGAGCCAUGCAGAGGUGUGCUCCCCCCUUUGACGUCUUGCAGUGUGGAUGUGCUGUUUAGUCCACGUUUGUGCCAGCGGUAUGAAACAGAGCUGGAGUUGUCAGUGGAGAGAGGAACAGGAUGCCACCUGUCGGUGCGAGCAGAUGUGCAGUCUCCUCGGGUGUGUCUGCUGAACUGUGAGCUGCUCCUCUCUGAACUCUACGUCGGAGUUCCUGCCAAAGCCACCAUCACUCUAUUCAACCAGACGCCGCUGCCUUCACACUUCAGCUGGAUGGAUCAGCUCCAGGGGGAACAGGCAGAACUGUGUACGGCCACCUUCGACCCCUCGUCCGCCACUCUGGGACCUAACGCCAGUGUGGAGAUCACGGUUAACUUUAUCUCUCACACAGAUCUGGAGCUGACUGAGGUGGCCGCUCUCUGCGACGUCCAGGGGAUGAACUCUCCGCUCGUCCUUUGCAUCGUGGCUUCCAAAACCAAGACGCUCAGUGUGUCCUACUCGCUGGCCAGUGUCUGCUCCCCCCCAGCUGAUGACAGCCCCGCAGCACUUUUGCUUGACUUUGGAGACGAUGUUAUUUUGAAGAGACCCGUCACUAAGCAGUUAUUGAUAACCAAUCGCACCGCUAUCCCUGCGCCUUUCACCAUCGAGGCAGAGUAUUUCCCCUGCCAUGCCUCAAAGCUCAAUAGGAAGUCAGAGACGAGAUUCACGUACGUCAAGCGGCCGCUUCACUCUGUUCAAGCCGAGAAAGUAGAACAAAAAGAGCACGAAGAGCUCGUGAGCAGCCUGCUGGCUCAUGGAAAGGGCGCAGCUUUCUUUGUCUUACCAGACACCGGGACGCUGGGAGCUUUUGAGAGCCAGACCGUGGAUGUCACUGCCUACACUGACAUGUGGGGGGAAUACAGAGAUCACCUCAUAUGCAAAGUGGGGAACCUCCGGCCCACGCUCGUUCCCAUGCAGAUGACGGUGACAGGCUGCCCGCUCUACUUCCAAAUCACAGGCCCACGUCCGGAUGAGCAGAACCAGGGGCCGAGCAUACAGUUUGGCACUCACGUAUCUGGAGGUGACACGGUGUCUCGUUCUCUUCGCAUUAACAAUCCCACCAUGUUUGAUAUCCGCAUGGACUGGGAAACAUACAACAUCCAUCAGAAUGACCGUCAGCUGGUGGACGUUGUGGUGGCAUACGGACACGCCUUUCCUCCUAAAGAUGCUGACGGCAACGAGCUGUUGAGCGGCGCGCUGAGGAUUUCUGGUGGGAACGUUGACACGGCCCGGGAAAGGAACCCGUCCCCGGGCUCCGAGGGAACGAGCGCCUCCUCCCUCCGAAGCGUGACCAGCGGGGAGGAAUACGUUUCUGAGGAAGAACGUGAGGAAGAGGAAAUCCGUCUUUAUCCAUCUCCCGCAAAGACAAAACUCAUCUCCGUCCACAUCAGACCUCAUGUGGGCAACCUCUCGGAUUACCCAUACUGCAUCACACCCCAGCAAGUAGUGAUUCCAGCGAAGAGCAGCAGCACCAUCCAUGCGUCGUUCACUCCUUUGACUCUUUCUGGUUCAGGUUGCGAGCACAGAUGCGUGGGCCUCGCUCUGGGCUUCAUGAGUCUAGACUCCGAGAUGGCCGCCUGCGUCCCGGGUAAAGUUGGAAGAGCUCAGGGUUUGGAUCUGGAGCCUGUCAGAAUGGAGCUCCUAGCAGCCGUUAAGCCUGCAGUGCUGUUAGUGCAGAUGGAGGAGGACGAGGGGAUGCUGGAGUUUCACGCCUCGGCCGGUGAUUUACUGACGGCACAAUCAGAGGAGAGAAAGCUGGUCGUUGGUGAAUUUGACAUCACACGGACCCUGGAGCUGAAAAACAACUCAGGAAUGACCCUACACUUCAGACUGGCCGCUCAGCUUCCAUUUGUAGUGCUCAAGCCGCAGCCUCGAGGCCGGACCAGCUGCUCCUCCAGCAACCCGCCCACUGGUGACAGCCAGUGUCUGCUGCUGCAGCCACAACACAGCAUGCAGGUGCAGGUGGCGUUCCGCUGCUCCCUGGCCCUGCUGGACCAUGCAGACCAGGCGGAGGAGGACGUUCCUCCUGGGGUGACGUUGAUGCAUCGUGCAAGAGGGGGAAGGAAGCUCAGGUUCCAGCAGAACCUCCUGAUUCACUACAGCAACAACAGCCUGCAGACGGUGCCUCUCUGUGCCCAUUUGGAUCUCGCAACACUGCGUCUGUCCAGCGACAGCAUCGACUUUGGGUUCUGCUACACGGGGCAGACGCAUGUAAUAGAAGUUAACCUCUACAGCCACGGAGCACACGCUUACUGGAAAUCAGUUAUAGACUCAGAUACAGGAGACUCCCAUGUGUUCAGAGUGACACCAGACUUCGGGCCUCUCAGGUCUCAGCAGCUCCACGUCCCCGGCUGCAGCCGGUGUCUCCAGAUCAGCUUCACUCCCAGUGAAGACAGAGAGUUCAGGGCCGUGGUGGUGAUCCAGUCUCCUGUGGUGAAGACCGCCCUCACUCUGCAGCUCCAGGGAACAGGAUCCUACGAUGAAGCGUACAGGUCCAACUAAACGUCACAACAUCACCACCUGCUAUUUCACAUUAAGUUGUUUCUAAGUCAUUUUGUAAGAAUGUGAAUAAAUAUGAAGUACAACUUCAUUACGUAUAACUGAACCUUUAUUAAUAAGUAAAUGAUGAACUUGUGUCGAUUAAUAAUGCAAUAUAUUAAGACUUACAGUAGA